GCUUAAAACGGGCCGUUCCGGCCUCUGCCCCGAAAGCGAGCGGGGCUCGGGGCAGGAGGCGGCGCGCCCGGCCCUUGGCCGGUUGCCGCUGUAAGGGACCCCACAUAGAAGGGAUCCGCAGGUGACCACGGUGAUACUUUGUGGGAUCUUGCUAUAGCUGAAGUGGAGAAGAGAGAAACCCUUGAUGAUGAUGUCAAGCAGGGGGAAGUUUGGGAAAAAUCAAUAUUAUUUAUGGGAAACAAAAAUGGGGGAAAGACCACUAUUAUAUUGAGGUGUCUUGAGAGGGAAGAGACUCCAAAGCCAACAUUAGCCUUGGAAUAUACCUUUGGAAGAAGGGCAAGGAGACAUAAUGCACCUAAAGAUAUAGCUCAUUUUUGGGAACUAGGUGGUGGAACCUCAUUACUGGAACUCAUUCGAAUACCAAUCACUAGCCACAACAUAAGAUCCUUUGCUGUAGUUCUUGUACUGGAUCUGUCCAAGCCUAAUGAACUCUGGACUACUAUGGAGAACCUUCUGCAGGUCACCAGGAACCAUGUGAACAAAAUUUUAGCCAAACUAGAAAGUACAAAUCCUGAAGUAGCUGCUGAACUUAAACAGAAGAUGCGGAACAAUCUGCAGAGGGAUCACCCAGAUUAUGAGUUAGUUGACCCUUUUCCAAUACCCUUGGUGAUAAUUGGAAGCAAAUAUGAUAUUUUUCACGAGUUUGACUCUGAAAUGAGGAAAAUAAUAAGCAAGACACUUCGAUUUGUUUCACAUUAUUAUGGAGCAUCAUUAGUGUUUACCAGUAAAUCUGAGGCUCUGCUGCUGAAAGCCCGUGUUCUUAUUAAUCACUUGGCAUUUGGCUAUGAUAAAAGCAAAUCUGUAUCCGUGGAUCCCAGCAAACCUCUGUUUAUACCAGCAGGCCUGGAUUCGCUGAGCCAAAUAGGACCACCACCUGCCUCGGAUAGUGAUAUUGGAAAGAUGCGUGCAAACACACCUUUGGAACUGUGGAAAAAAGUAUUUGAGAAAACAUUUCCUCCCAAGAGUUCCUGUGAUUUACAAGAUACCAAGGACCCUGCACAGGAUAUACAGUACGCUGAGUAUGAAGUUGAUGUCAUGAGAGCUCAGAAAAACCAGGUGUGUGGUAAUUCUCCAACUGCUGUUCACAGUCAGGAACUUGAACAGUACAAAAGAAAUGCCUCUAAAUCCUGGAAAGAAAUGGAUUUUGACUCCGAUUGAUGAGCUGCUGUAGGUGUCUUCAGUUUAACAAUGUCUACAAAAUUAUUUUAACAUUACACUAGCAAUUUCAUCUGAUGCAGUUGAAAAUGCAUAUUAUCAGACUACAAAAUUAGUAUUUAUUAAGCAUCCCUGUUAGUAUUUUUCAUAAAAAGAGCUGUUCAUUCAGUCCAAAUUUGUGAAUCUCGGCACUGGCACAGUUUUAAAAAGUGGGGAGACAAGAAUUCUAGAUUGCUCACGGAUGGGUUUGAACAUAAAGACUGGCAUUAGUCAGUUCUACCUAUUUUAUAACACAUUAUUUGGUUUAUUUUUAAAUACUUCUGCCCUAAACAUGUAUUUAAAUAUAAACAAGUUUUCACACCCAAAAUAUGAAACUGUAGUAGAGUGUGGUGGGCAUCUUUUUCUAGUUCUUUGCAUGUAUAAGUCAAAAGCAAACCUUAAGAAAUACCUGCUUCAUUGUUUGAUGUAUUUGAAUAAAUAAAUAAAAACCUGGCAGAAUAAAGUGUAAAACAUUCUUUGA